GAGCCCCAGCAGCUCUAGGGGACUGGCGGUGCUUGGGUCGGUCGGGGCCGGGGAGGCUGGCGCCUGUUGUCCCGCGUCGGGGCUCCGGGUGUCCCGCCAGCUACCUGGGGCUGAGGCGGGAGGGAGCGAGCGAGGAGCCGCGGGCGGGCGCGCGGGACGGGGAGGGGGUCGGUCCGCUGCGCUGCUCCUGCUGCAUUGCAGCCUCCCUCCCUCCCUCGCUCCCGCCGUCCGUCCAUCCAUCCGUCCCUCCCUCCCUCCGCCAGUGGCGCGCUGCACAAUGGCGGCUCCCGGCCCCGGCUCUGGCUCCGGCCCUGGCGGCGGGUCCCAGGCGGCGCACACGGCAGUCAGCAGCAUGCAGGGCUUUCAGAUAAACUUCUGUGAAAAAGCACAAAGUAAGCGUAGAGCACUGAAGCUGAACUUUGCAAAUCCACCUUUCAAAUCCACAGCAAGAUUUACUUUGAACCCUACUGGAGUUCCUUUUCAGAAUCCACACAUUGAUACACAAGCAACAAUGGGUAGUAAUCACAUUGCCCCGUUCACUUUCAAAAGGAGAGAAGCGGAGAUGAUCGUGAAACUUUCCAGCAGGCUACAAGAGAGACUGAGAACACACAGCAUUGAAUCAUCAGGAAAAUUGAAGAUUUCUCCUGAACAACAUUGGGAUUUUACUGCAGAGGACUUGAAAGACCUUGGAGAAAUUGGACGAGGCGCUUAUGGUUCUGUCAACAAAAUGGUCCACAAACCAAGUGGGCAAAUUAUGGCCGUUAAAAGAAUUCGGUCAACAGUGGACGAAAAAGAACAGAAACAGCUUUUGAUGGAUUUGGAUGUAGUUAUGCGAAGUAGUGACUGCCCAUAUAUUGUUCAGUUUUAUGGUGCACUCUUUAGAGAGGGUGACUGUUGGAUCUGUAUGGAGCUCAUGUCUACCUCGUUUGAUAAAUUUUACAAAUAUGUAUAUAGUGUAUUAGAUGAAGUUAUUCCAGAAGAAAUUUUAGGCAAAAUCACUUUAGCUACUGUGAAAGCACUAAACCACUUAAAAGAAAACUUGAAAAUAAUUCACAGAGAUAUUAAACCUUCCAAUAUUCUUCUGGACAGAAAUGGAAAUAUUAAACUCUGUGAUUUCGGCAUCAGUGGACAACUUGUAGACUCCAUUGCCAAAACAAGAGAUGCUGGAUGCCGACCUUACAUGGCGCCAGAGAGGAUAGACCCCAGUGCAUCCAGACAAGGAUACGAUGUACGCUCUGAUGUCUGGAGCUUAGGGAUUACAUUGUAUGAACUGGCCACGGGACGGUUCCCUUAUCCCAAAUGGAAUAGUGUAUUUGAUCAGCUGACACAAGUAGUCAAGGGAGACCCACCGCAGCUGAGUAACUCAGAGGAACGGGAAUUCUCCCAAAGUUUCAUCAACUUUGUCAACUUGUGCCUUACAAAGGAGGAGUCCAAAAGGCCAAAGUAUAAGGAGCUGCUGAAACAUCCCUUCAUUCUAAUGUAUGAGGAACGAACAGUGGAUGUUGCGUGCUAUGUUUGUAAAAUCCUGGAUCAAAUGCCUGCAACUCCCAGCUCUCCAAUGUAUGUCGAUUGAUACUGCUGCUACAUCAAAACUCUAGUGCAAGUGCUGAGAGAAAGCAAGAUGUACAGAAUCUUCAUCCCAUAUUGCAGUGUUUUAAUGCUCGCCCAGACACCAUGUGCAAUAAUGUUGGUGUUUUUCUUCCAUUCUGUCUGUAUAUUAUUGUCACUUAUAAAGUGCAUCCAUGUAAUACCUGAUCACACAGUGUUAGUGUCGGUCAAAGAGAGACCUCAUUUGCUCUUUUUGUGGACAUAUUCAUGAAAUGUGGAAACAAAUAACAUUUAUUCAUUGACCAUGAUUGGAUAGCACCUAAAGAUAAUUUGUAGACUUGGAGACCUUCUCAGCAUCUACUGGAAUUUUUAUUCUCUCAGACUCUUCCAAUCGUUACAAAUAAUUUAAAAGAAAGGAAGUUAGGCGUUGUCUGUCUAAAUAUAUAAAGAGACUCUGCUUGGGGAGAAGAACUUGUGCAGCCAGAUGCGUUGCACUUUAUCUUCUGGAACUAGCAAAGGAGGGAUAAUAUAUAUAUCUUCACAAAGUGCAAUAGAUGAAUUGAUCUGAAAUUCUGUUGCUUUACAGUCACAGUGUAUGUUCUGAGGACAGUGUGGCUCAGCAGAACUUCAUGGGUGGGGUGGGGGUGGGAAAAUAAUCAUGUAAAAUGGAUUAUGUCUUUACCAAAAAAAGAUGCAUUGCAUUAAAAGAGGAUAACAAACUUUUUAAGAGACAGAGAAUAAUGUAUUAUUUCCAUUUCCAAGCAAGCCACUCUUUGGUAGUACUAGAUGUCCUGUAAAUUGUUACCUGGUGAGAUAAGACUUUGAUCUGAGGAUUUAUUAAACUACUCAGUUGAAUUUAACUGGCUUGUGACCCCUGAUUUCUAACUUCACCAUGCUUGUUAGCUGGCUGAGCUUCUGAAAGGGCAAUGGAGAGCUUGCAGGAGUGGAGAAAAACUAUAUUAUUCCGUAAACAUUUGUAAGUCAUCUCCACCCACCUGCUGCAGCUCUCCAAACUCCUAAUACAGGACCUCCCCACAGAGCUCCAUGUAUGACUUGGAAUCUCUGCUUUAUGUCUGAUAUCUAUUACCGUUAUCAAAAAUACUUCGAUCCCCUCCUUCUGCUGGAUUGCUCAAUUCCCAAAACUGCUGCAGGAAGGCUACUUAAUAUGCUUUGUUGUGGGUAGAUCAGGGCUCAAUUUGAGGGGGAACACGCAGGAACGCAGUUCCGGUAGUUCUCCUAAGAGGUCAGGUGGCCCUGCCCACCUGAUUUUUGGCCAUUUUGGGCCCGUUUUGGCCUGAAUUGGGCCCAAAAUGGCCAGGAUUGGUCCUAAAACAGCCAGGAUUGGGCCCAAAAUGGCCAGGAUCGGGCCUCUUACGGCUGGUGGAUCACUCUCCUGCUCAGCAGCAGCCCAAUUCUGACCAUUUUGGGCCCCUUUUCAGCCCUUAUCAGCCAUUUUGGGCCCCAUUUCAGCCCUGAAUGGCCAGGAUUGGGUCCAAAACAGCCAGGAUACGUGAGGGCAUGGGGUGUGGCAUACGCAAAUCAGUUAUGCCAAUGACACACUUCUGGUGAUGGCAAGGGGUGUGGCAUAUGCUAAUGAGUUAUGCUAAUGAGUUCCUGCAGCUCUUUUUCUACAAAAUGACCUCUGGGGUAGAUUCUGAAAUCUUAAGAUAAGUUUUUCGGGAAAACGCUUUCUUAAAAGCUGUUAAUAGCAAGAAUUGGAAUGUUCAAAUUCCUUCCAAAUAUGUGAUCAAAAAAAGAAUUCUAGAGAAAUUGUCAAACCUCUCACCUUAAAAAUAAAGCCUCUAAAAUAAUUCCUAGUAUUUUAGUCCUCUGAUCUGCAUCAGGUGAGGCCAAUUCCUCAGUUAUAAAGGAAAUGAAGUGAUAUUUUUAAGACCCAUCAUUAUUUAAAAUUUCAGUACAGAAUCCCGUUAUACAUGGACGAGGAGGAGAAUUGUAAGUGAGAGCGUUGGUGAGCACAGGACUCCUGGGCUUAGCCAGUUCACUUUAUCUCCUCCUAGUUCACCAGUUGAUUCACAAGCUCUUACCGCAAAAAAGUUGUGUGUGUAGGAACGUGGUCGUCACUAAAUGGGAUUAAAGCCUAAUGUAGCAACAGAAUGGAAACUAUCUGGAACUCUUCUCAUGCAGUAAUUCUGCUCCUGUGUUCCUGUUCAGAUUGGGAAGAGGGUCAGCCCUGUUAAGAGUGUCCCAACUGCUCUUGCCUCGUUCUUUGUCUCUGUAAUUGCCCCUUGUCAUUGUCAAAAGUUGGACAGCCCUCUCUUUCUCCCACUCUUUUUUUGUGUGUAUUUUAACAUAACACUCCCCUUUCCGUUAACCGAGAACUGGAGGUAGCUUCCAAUUCAGGCUCAGUGAAUGAUUGAGAAACAAGACCGUUCUAGCAUAUUAAUCAUAGAUUGUUAUAAUAUACUAUUAAGGGUGCGGCAUUUAUAUUACAGUGUAUGUUUAUAAAGAUGUAUAGUGUUCAGAAGCUGUGAAAAUAGUGUAAGAACUGUACAUUGUGAGCUCUGGUUAAUUUUUUUUUCCUUCUUGUACCAUAGAAAAAAAAUGUAUAAAAUUUUAUUGAGAAGCUGAUGUGCAGGGGGGAUAUUGCCUUAUUGUCUGUAAGUAAAAUGGAGUUUGACAACAUAAUGGCUUCUAAGAGCUUCCAGCUAUUUUAUCCUUUCCUGACUUUCUUCUCUUCUAUUUAAAAUACUCUACAUGGAAUCAAAGUGUUAAUGUAAUAGUUCUAUUUUUUUUUUCCGCCUGCAGGUCAGUUGUAAUAAAUCAAAGAUGCAACUGUGA